GUCAGUUGGAGCUAACAAAACUAGCUCGCUAGCAAGCUAAGUUAGUUACCAGUGAGAAGUUGUUAGAAGGCUGUACUCCGGACGUCUGAGAUAAACAACAACUGUCAGCUACAGUAAGGUUACCAGUUGUUUCCUAGGGCAAGGCAAGCUACAGCGACUUUCUGUAUCACCUCUUCGAGCUAAGACUGGGGUCGCAACAAUGGCAGGUGGUAAUUAGAUAGCUAGCUAGCUAGCUAAACCAGUGUUUUUCUAACCACGUGUUGAUGUCAGAACUUUCAUGACCAAUCCUCUUGAGUUAUCUGGUAUGUGAUUUAAUGUAGUGUGGCUAGCUAAACAAUGUAAAAUACACAGUUCGUUAUUUUCACGAGUACAGUAGUAGCUAAGUUAGCUUAUAAAUGUAAAAGAUCUAGAGAGGCACAUUGGACAGAACAGAAGCUGUUAACAUUAUUUGUAAAUCAAUUGUGUGGCACACUUAGCUACCUGGACAGCGCAGGUCAGUUGGUUUAUUACAUGAUUGUAGCAUUUCUAUACUGUCAGUAUUUGACUUCAGCAGUACCUAGCCAUCACAUAUUGAAGUUGCAUUGUUUCAGUAAAAGCGUUACUGCAGUGCACCCAUAUCAGUAAUUGAGGAUUUUUAUGAGAGUUGAUUUUCUUGUAGUGACUAGAUUGUUAUGCAUGGAUAUGUACACUGAUACACAAUGACAGUAGUAACUCAUAUUGAACGUUUGGCUACAAACGCUGGUGUAACAGUGGAAAAACACGGCCGACUUUGCACUCAGUCAGUCUGUCUAUCAUCUCUAGGCCUCAGUGUUAUGUCACUGGUACAAGGGAGGUGAAAGUAACUUAUUUUCAGGAAAAGGGGGGCUGUAAUUUUACAUGACUAACUCAGGGUGAGGAGGAUCAUUUUCGGGGAGGAGUGAUUGAAGGGUGAGGGGGUGUGCUGUUCUGCAAACAAAUCUGCAAUACCCUGAGCUUUGCAGAAAAAGAAACAAGAAGAGCCAACAGUCUGGUCUCAUUUUUACUACUAGGGUGUCCAGGAAGGAAGCCUGACAGGCAGAGCCUGAAACAAAAGCACAGAUGAAUGAGUAAGAACCUGAGGAAUUUCCCAACAACAAUCCUCCCAUUCUUGGGAUCUGCGUGGUGUAGCAGGGCAGGCCAAGCCCCUGAAUCCUCAGCGCUCCCUCCCUGGGACACCCAUCAGUCACACACUCAAACACUUCCCCAUCAACCUGCGUACAUCCAUGGACGGAAAGUACAAGGAGAUCGCUGAGGAGCUGUUCACUCGUAGCCUGACGGAGAGUGAGAUGCGCACCGCUCCUUAUGAGUUCCCUGAGGACAGCCCCAUCGAGCAGCUGGAGGAGAGACGCCAACGCCUGGAGAGGCAGAUCAGCCAGGACAUCAAGCUUGAGCCAGAGAUCCUGCUCCGCAUCAAACAGGAGUUCAUGAAAAUUGACAGCGCUGACGACCUAGGGUUUAUGAAUGAGCUGGGUGGUGUGGACAGGACGGAUGAUGGCUGGAUGAAGGAGAGAGUAUUACCGAUGGAGCGAGAGUACCAGCGUGUCUCAAUAUCCGGGGAGGAGAAGUGUGGGGUGCCCUUCACAGACCUGGUGGAUGCAGCUAAAUGUGUGGUAAAGGCCCUGUUCAUCAGGGAGAAGUACAUUGCUCUGUCCAUUCAGAACUUCUGUAAGACCACUGCCCGCGAGCUGGGAGAGCUGGGAGAGAAGCCCCUGGACCUACGCAUCUAUGAGGAAAUCCCUGAGACCCCCGUUGAUGCAGAUGCUCCAGUCCACCCCCCUGUCUCAGAGACUCACCCCUAUGAAAACCAGGACACCAAGAACAUGCCUGCAGACUCAGGGUACAGCUGUAAGAUGGUGGAUGGGGUCAUGCAUGUCUACACCAAGAAGAGCCCCAUGGAGAAGAGUACAGAGUUGGACCUGCCUUACCCAGACCUGAAGGAGUACAUCGCUGACAUGAAUGUCAUGAUGGCUCUCAUCAUUAACGGACCAGUAAAGUCGUUCUGCUACCGCCGGCUGCAAUACCUGAGCUCUAAGUUCCAGAUGCACAUCCUGCUGAACGAGAUGAAGGAGCUGGCAGCCCAGAAGAAGGUUCCUCACCGCGACUUCUACAACAUCCGCAAGGUGGACACCCACAUCCAUGCCUCAUCUUGUAUGAACCAGAAGCACCUGCUGCGCUUUAUCAAGCGAGCCAUGAAGAAGUACCCUGGGGAGAUAGUCCACAUGGAGCGUGGGCGGGGACAGACCCUCAUGGAGGUGUUUGAGACCAUGAACCUGACUGCCUUUGACCUGAGUGUGGACACACUGGACAUGCACGCGGACCGCAACACGUUCCAUCGCUUCGACAAGUUCAAUGCCAAAUACAACCCCAUCGGAGAAUCCAUCCUGAGAGAGAUCUUCAUCAAGACAGACAACCACAUCGAGGGCAAAUACUUUGGCCACAUGAUCAAGGAGGUGAUGGCUGACCUAGAGGAGAGUAAGUACCAGAAUGUGGAGCUGCGUCUGUCCAUCUACGGCCGCUCCCGGGACGAAUGGGACAAGCUGGCCCAAUGGGCCGUCAAACACCAAGUCUACUCUGACAACGUGCGCUGGCUCAUCCAAGUGCCCCGCCUAUUUGAUGUGUACCGCACCAAGAAGCAGCUGGCUAACUUCCAGGAGAUGAUGGAGAACAUCUUCAUGCCUCUGUUUGAGGUCACCAUUAACCCCCGCAGCCACCCUGAACUGCACCUCUUCCUCCAGCAUGUGGUGGGCUUUGACAGUGUGGAUGACGAGUCCAAGCCGGAGCACCACAUCUUCAACAUGGACAGCCCCCUGCCAGCCGACUGGACAGAGGAGGACAAUCCUCCCUACUCCUACUACCUCUACUACACCUACGCCAACAUGGCCGUGCUCAACCACCUGCGCAGGAGGCGUGGCUUCCACACGCUUGUGCUGCGCCCUCACUGCGGGGAGGCGGGGCCUGUCCACCACCUGGUGUCGGGUUUCAUGCUUUCAGAGAACAUCUCCCACGGGCUGCUGCUCAGGAAGGCACCAGUGCUGCAGUACCUGUACUACCUGGCUCAGAUUGGCAUUGCCAUGUCCCCCCUGAGCAACAACAGCCUGUUCCUCAGCUACCACCGCAACCCCCUGCCUGAGUAUCUGUCCAGAGGCCUCAUGGUCUCUCUGUCCACUGACGACCCCCUACAGUUCCACUUCACGAAGGAGCCUCUGAUGGAGGAGUACAGCAUCGCCACACAGGUGUGGAAGCUCAGCUCCUGUGACAUGUGUGAGCUGGCCAGGAACAGCGUCCUUAUGAGCGGCUUCUCCCACAAGGCAAAGAGCUACUGGCUUGGGCCCAAAUACAGCAAAGAGGGCCCGGAGAGCAACGACAUCCGUCGCACCAACGUCCCGGACAUCCGCGUGGCAUACCGCAGUGAGACCCUGCUGGAGGAGCUCAACCUCAUCACCCACGCUGUUCGCAACAAGGAGCUGGACAACAUCGACGAGGAGGACACCCUCUCGAUGGCUCCCAUCGGGGCAGAAGGACGCUAAAUCAACAACUCCUCUCUAUUGCUCCCUGGAUAGGUUUUAUUUCAUAUUGGAGGAGAUUUUCUGAUCUUCGAUCUGUUCCUGGGUCACUUCCUCUGUCACUUUUAUCUCCUGACCCUCCAUACAUUCACACCCCAAGUGAUUUCCUUUGUCAUGUGACCCUGCAUGGGAAGGAAGAUCCCACAGUUUGCCUGUGAUUUAAUGACAUGUUUGUAACCAUCACUGAUAUAUCACACACACACACACACACACACACACACACACACACACACACACACACACACACACACACACACACACACACACACACACACACACACACACACACACACACACACUUAUUGCAGUUUUCCUGUCCUAAAAGCUGCUUAUCUUCCAUCACACAGUGAUGCUGCUUUAACCUUAACAUCUAGUGUAAUAUUAUCAUCUAGUGUAAUAUUAUCAUCUAGUGUAAUAUUAUCAUCUAGUGUAAUAUUAUCAUCUAGACAUCUAGUGUAAUAUUAAUAUCUAGUGCAAUAUUAACAUCUAGUGUAAUAUGAACAUCUAGUGUAAUAUUAUCAUCUAGACAUCUAGUGCAAUAUUAACAUCUAGUGCAAUAUUAACAUCUAGUGCAAUAUUAACAUCUAGUGUAAUAUUAACAUCUAGUGUAAUAUUAUCAUCUAGACAUCUAGUGUAAUAUUAACAUCUAGUGUAAUAUUAUCAUCUAGACAUCUAGUGUAAUAUUAACAUCUAGUGUAAUAUUAUCAUCUAGACAUC